AUGGACCGUCUCCGGGCGGGGAGCCCCGUCUACGGGCGGCAGCGGAGCGGCAGCAGCACGGGCUCCUCCUCCCCCGGCGGCGUCUCCCCCUCGCACCACCGCUCCUCCUCCACCUCCUCCGCCGCCUCCGCCGCGGGUGCGGCCGGCAUCUCCAACGUCCGCCGCACGCAGAACGUCGCCGCGCGCGCCGCGGCCGCGAGGCUCGCGCAGGUCAUGGCCUCGCAGAACGCCGCCGCGGCCGCCGGCGACGACGACGACGACGACGACUACGCCGCCGACCACCCGCCGCCGCCGCCUGGGAGGUUCGGAAGUGGCAGGUUAGGUCGGAACAUUGUAGAGCCACCUCCUACCGUCCGCUCAUCAUCGGCAGGCAGGCCAGCUGUUUCAUCACGACCGACCACCACAGUGGUGCCACCGAUCAAAACCAACACGACACUGCGAACCCCAUCCCCUAUUCCACCUGUGGCUGUGGAGCCUCCAGUGGAUCACACUCGGCCGAAAAGAUUUGAUGCGGGGCUUCAUAACUCAAGAGAAUCGGGACUAAAAAGAGAGGCAUCCACGCUUCAAGAUGAGCUUGAUAUGCUACAAGAGGAGAAUGAAAGUGUUCUAGAAAAGUUGCGACUUGCUGAAGAAAGAUGUGAGGAAGCUGAAGCUAGAGCCAAGGAUUUUGAGAAACAGGUAGCUGCUCUUGGAGAAGGAGUAUCAUUAGAAGCUCGUCUCUUGAGCAGGAAGGAAGCAGCACUUAAGCAGAGGGAGGCCGCACUAAAAGCUGCAAGAGAAUCAAAGGAUGGUAGAGAUGGGGAAGUAACAACAUUAAGGCAAGAACUUGAGUCUGCCAAAGAAGAGGUUGCAUCAGCAAUGGACCAGCUAAAGGAGGCAGAGUCUGAAACGAAGGCUCUCCGAUCUAUGACUCAGAGAAUGGUCUUAACUCAAGAAGAAAUGGAGGAGGUUGUCCUAAAAAGGUGCUGGCUUGCACGCUAUUGGGGCUUAGCAGUUCAAUAUGGUGUGUAUCCCGAAAUUGCGGUAUCAAAAUAUGAACAUUGGUCAUCAUUGGCUCCUCUUCCUCUUGAGGUUGUUCUUUCUGCUGGUCAAAAAGCUAAGGAGGAACCUCGAAAACAAGGUGAAAAUGGUCAGGGCAGAAAUAAACUUGCACGAGAAAUGAGUGAUGUAAUGGGAGAAGGCAAUAUAGAGAGCAUGCUUUCAGUUGAAAUGGGCCUUAGAGAGCUUUCUUCAUUGAAGGUGGAAGAUGCUGUUGUAGUUGCACUUGGCCAACAUCGCAGACCUAGCAUAGUUCGUCAGUUCACAUCAGAUUUCAAAUCACCUGGUGAACCUAAAUACUUGGAGGCAUUUGAUCUUAGCCCAGAAGAGGCUGAAGAUGUUAGCUUUAAGCAGGCAUGGCUUAUAUACUUCUGGAGAAGAGCCAAAACUUAUGGUGUUGAGGAAGAUAUUGCUGAUGACCGGCUUCAGUUUUGGAUUGGUCGCAACGCACAAGCUCCAAAUUCUCAUGACGCUAUAGAUGUGGAGAGGGGUCUAACAGAGCUCAGGAAAUUGGGCAUAGAGCAGCAAUUGUGGGAGGGCUCGCGAGCAGAUAUAGAUCAAGCUUCUUUGGCGAUGGAGAAUCACUUUGCGUUGGCAAGAGAACCGAUGACAAAGACGACCUCACUUCCAGCAAUUGUGAAUUUUGUGAUUAUCCCACCUUGUUUAUUCUCUGCUGUCGAGCUCUACUUCUCCGCACCAAGGAACUUGGAAGUGCCACACUACAAGGUCACAACUCACCAUCGGAUCUCAAGCCCUGGUUCGUGGUUCGCUGAUUUCUCAUCAUCACCUUGGGACUGGAGGGUAACGCAAGCCUCCAACACGGCAGUGUGUUUAUGUGGUGGUAAUGCUGGUUUAGCUCAUAAACAACGAUGA